AUGGCGUCUACCACCGUGAGCAAGCCGCUCAACUCCGAGCCUGCCGACCCUCAAGAGCGCAAGAAGCAUAGUUUGCCUGCAAAGUCGUUCGCCGAUUCGGUUCAGGGGACCGCUGCUGGCGGCGGCGAGUCGCAACCUCACUCCCCGAUCAAAUCGUAUGCGAGCUCGGCGACAGCCGUGGACGACAAGGAGCAGUUGGACGACGACAAGCUUGUCUAUGAGAAACACAGGAGUAGCACUGGGACUGACAUCUUGACGACCGUCAAGCCUGACGACAAGUAUGAGCAGUCGUUGAAGCAGAAUGGAGCCACUACGCAGCGAGAGAAGAGCAAGAAUGGACGCACAAAGAAGCAGGACACGACGGAGCAGGCUCUAGCCAGUGGUCGGAAGGCAGGUGCUGGCUGGCAACGAUCUGCUAUACGCUGGGCGCCCCUCAGCGUCCCGCUUCAGCGGCGGUUACAGACGACAGCGGUACUCAUCCACUCCGUUUCGAUCGCAUUGUUUCUGUCAACCUUCUUAUUUCUCUGCGCCAUCCCGCUAACAUGGCCCAUCCUGGUUCCAUAUCUGGUCUAUAGCUUCAUUUGGUGCGACCAGGCCACGUCCGGUACCCUCACUCGUCGUUCGCAACGUUUGCGCCGCUCUAAGAUCUGGUCCGCCUUCGCCUCGUACUUUCCGGCCCGUCUGCACCGCACCGUCAAGCUCGAGCCUCACAGGAAGUACAUCUUCGGAUAUCACCCCCAUGGCAUCAUCAGUCACGGAGCCUUCGCCGCCUUCGCUACAGAGGCCCUAGGCUUCACCGACCUGUUCCCUGGCAUCACAAACACAUUGCUAACACUGGACUCCAACUUUCGUAUCCCCCUUUACCGCGACUAUGCUCUAGCCAUGGGACUGGCGUCCGUCUCCAAAGAGUCCAUCGAGAAUCUUCUGUCCAAAGGCGGUGUCAACGGCGAAGGUAUGGGCAGGGCUGUCACCAUCGUCGUGGGUGGAGCAAGGGAAUCCUUGAACGCUGAGCCGCACAGCCUCCGCCUCGUGCUCAAUAGCCGUAAGGGGUUCGUUAAGCUCGCGAUCCGUCAGGGUGCGGAUCUCGUUCCCGUGCUAGCGUUCGGAGAGAAUGAUCUCUAUGAACAGAUCGAUAGUGAGGCCCACCCAUGGAUCCACAAGACGCAAAUGCUGGUCAAGAAGAUGGCGGGUUUCACAGUACCUUUGUUUCAUGCUAGAGGGAUUUUCAACUAUGAUGUUGGUAUGAUGCCGUAUAGGAAAGCCGUCAACAUUGUGGUGGGCCGGCCCAUCCAGGUCGUCCAGCAGGGACAGCAUGAUGGUCGGGUUCAGGAAGAUUAUCUGGACGAGGUACAUGCGAACUAUGUGGAGGAGUUGAGGAGAUUGUGGGAAGAGCACAAGGAUACGUUUGCGAAGGAUCGUGUGACUGAGCUGGAGCUCGUCGAGUAG